AUGACGGCUUACAAUAAGGUCAAUGGAUGUCAUGUCUCGGAAAGUCGCGAACUUCUUCAAAAGUUGGUUCGAAAUGAAUGGGGAUGGGAUCCCUUGAUUAUUAGCGACUGGUUCGGCACUUAUUCCUCCGGAAAGGCUAUCGCUGCCGGCCUGGACUUGGAAAUGCCACGCGCUACUCGGUACAGGGGAAAGCUUGUAGAGUUCGCUGUUGGUUCACGUCUCAUCAGCGAGUCCACGAUCGACCAACGUGUCCGUCGCGUCCUCAAGUUUAUUCAAGAUGCAAGUUCUGUCGAUGUUGCCAGUGAGGAGGGCUCGCGGGACUGUCCGGAGGACCGCAGGCUCAUUCGCCAGCUUGCCGCCAAUGGAGUUGUUCUUUUGAAAAAUGACAGCAGCAUUCUGCCCUUAGAGCUGAAGCGUGGCGCUAGAAUUGCCGUUGUUAGCUAUCCUGCAAAGUAUACCCCGAUCAAUGGCGGGGGGGGUGCCUCGCUUGACCCCUACUACGGCAUCAGUAUCCUGGAUGCAAUCAGCGAGGUGGUCAGAGACGAUGAUGUAUCAGUCCUAUGGGAAAUGGGAGUCUUUGCGCAGAAAAUGCUCCCGGUUAUCGAUUCCCUGAGUAGCUCUCCGGACAACGUUGAUUCCGGUGGUGUCAUCCGGGUUCGACUUCAGCAUUACCCUAACAGAUGCGGACUCGAGCGCGGGGAGUUCCACGGUCGACACCUCUAG